AUGGGCUGCGCUGCCAGCCUAUCCGCGAAGUACCUGCCCGCUCCAAAGCCAGAGACAGGGGACUCGAAGGCAAGCAACGCGCCAGUUGAGCCGGAGGCCGAUGACGCAUCCGCAGCUCCAGAGCACCAGGCGGGCAAGAAGUGGACGCGGACAGAGAUGGGAGAGCUGACUGUUCAGCAGCUGGUGCGCUGGUUGGAGGGUCUCAACAUGGACCUGUCACCGGCAAUCCCUCCUGUCCGUGCACGGCAAAGACUUUGGGAGGAGAUUGAGAAGUCCAAGCCGACUGCCUUGGAACAGGUCACCGAUCCACUGCAUCUGGAACACUGGCCUCUGUCAGCGACGCUGCGAUGGCUGGAGUACUUCAAUGCUCUGGAUGAGUCGUUGGCGAAGAAGGACAAGCUGAUCUCUAUGUUGAUGGAGAAGGGAGAGGAUUUGUCUCCUCCAAACUUCGGGGCUAGUGAAGAGGACAACUUCCUCACAGAGGUCUCACGCCACGUCGGCAUGGUGAAGCAGGCGGCCUCCAGCAUCAUCACCAACCUCUCGGAGCAGCUGGCGCAGGCCGAUGCCGAGGAGCGGCCCAAGCAUCGCUGGUUCGCCAACGGGAAGGCGCUCUCUGACUUCCAACCGGAGGAAUUCCAGGCCACCAAAGAGUUGGAUAUCCCGCUCGUUCAGAUGAAAGCAGGGGAGCGGGUGGACCUCACUCUGAACGAGGCCGGUGGCUGGGCCUGGGUCGUCCUGGAAGACGAAGUCACCUCGGGGUGUGAAGAAAUCAUGGGCAUGAGUGGCUGCGACCUUUCGUUGAAGUAUCAGCGUGGUGUGAUGUGGUAUUCCACUAUGGUUGGCUCGGCAUUCUAUGCGAUCUUCGGGCGGCUGCAGUACAACACCAGCGCCACGCAGGAGGUCUGCGCCAUCCUCUAUGGCGCCAUGGCGCAGAGCGCUGCUGAACGGCUACGCAGGUCCGGGCAGCCGGAGCGGAUCCCGGCGACGGUCCUUGCGCUCAUCAUGGCUGGGACAUCUCUCACGGGACUCUGCAGCGUGCUCCUGGGGAAGCUCGGGGUUGGCAAGGUGAUGCUGAGAUUUCCCAGCCCAGUGACGAGUGGUUUUCUGGGCACCAUCGGCUUCUUCCUUGUUCGGACAGCCUUGCAAAUUUCUUCUGGUGUGCAGUUCCAGUAUUUCUACCCGGUCAGUUUUGUCGACUUCUUCUCGCUGCGGAGCAUGGCCCCCGUCUCGUGCUUGCUGUCCAUGGUGAUGUUGAUUCGGAAUGGCCCUGGUCUCAUCGCCAAGAUGUAUGGCCAGAACAAAGCAGUCAUGAAACUCUCUGGGCUUGGGUGCCAGCUUCUCCCCCUGGCACUUUUCUAUGUGGUGAUUUUGGUAUGUGGCAUCCCCAUGGAGGUGCUGAGUGAGACGGGCUGGACCUUCCCUGCGCAAGCAGGAAGCUCUUUCUGGGGAUUAUGGACUACCUACAGCAUCGGCGAUGCAGAUCCCAACGUUCUGCUGUCGAAUGUUUCUUCAAUGUUCAUGCUGGUCAUCAUGUCGGUGCUGUGCACGAUGACCGGUGUCUUGGGCAUAACGGGGAAGUUUGCUUCGGGCCCCGAUGGAGACCCAUCCCCCAUGGACGUGGUGGACUUCGAUGCAGAGCUCACGACUGUGGGCUUCGGUUCGCUUCUGACAGGCCUUACCCACGGUGUGGUGACCUUCCAUCGCUUGGGUAGCUCCAUCCAGCUGCGUAUGGACGGUGGCACGCACCGAUUGGCCGUCUUGACCUCAUCUGCUUUUGUGGGCAUCUUCUUCUUUACGAAUGUCCCUCUGGGCCAUUUCAUCCCCAAGUUCUUCCUUGGCGGUCUCUUCAUGGGCAGUGGGGUUAGCUUCCUCGAGAGUUCCUUCUUGUCUUUCCGCAGCCUACCGCCCCUCUGGGUGCUCGGCUAUCGGCUCCCUUCCCUCCAGUACUGGGUGACCGUUUGUUGCAUCCUUGUGGCAGCCUUCAGCUCACCCUUCGAGGGCAUCGGAGCCGGCUUGGCUCUGAGCCUCGUCAUCUUCCUCUACGACAGCACGCAGUCCUCCCCUGUGGACAGCAUGUCGACGGGAGACCGUACCAUGAGCCGGACACGACGGCCUUUUUGGGAGCUCGAGGCUUUGGGCACCGAGGGACAUCGCAUCCUCCUCCUGUAUCUCCAGGGGCAGCUCUUCUUUGGCUCCGGUCAGACGCUAGCGGCAAGCCUGGUGGAGACCAUCGAGGGAGCCCGAAGGCCUUUGCCGCCAGAAUUCUGCAUCCUCAGCUUCGGGAAAGUCUCCAGCAUCGACGCCUCCGCAGCCGAGCAGCUGAAGACGGCCGUAAAACGAGUGGCCACUCUGGGUUGCAAGGUCCUGUUUUGCCGAAUGAACGCUCAAGUCUUCGAAGCCCUGUCGGUCGGCUGCGUGGUGAAGUCUCCGGACUCCGACCUGCGUGAGCUCCUCGGCCUGAGCGACCCUUCAGAGGAUGGAAGCUGGCAGGAUUCCCCGAGCCCGAGCCCCGUGAUACCGCUGAAUGAGAUGGAGGCCAACAGCCCCACUGGCAAAGGCGACUUGAACUGCUGGGCGAAGAUGAAGCCUUUCAGGCCUCUAGGACAAGAAGACUAUGAUGCUUUCGACGAUGUGACCGAUGCUUUGGAUUACACAGGCGAUCAAGUGCUGGAACGUUACCUCUACGCCAAGGAGCUGGAGACUUUCAUGCAGGAGUAUCGAGCGGCGUGCUCGACCGGCUCGCGCUUGGGUCACGCGGCCUUCGAGGCCAUGAAUUUGCUUCCUUCAGGCUUCCUUGGCCGACUACAGGCCUUCUGUGUGGUCGAGCGUAGUCUCACAUCAGGAAGCCACCUUCCUGGUUCCGAUGCACUCGUCCUGAUACUUCAAGGCGCGGUCGCCAUGGUGGAGCUGCCAGAGGCCGCGGCGCGCAAGGAUGCGAGGACCGGCCAGGUCUUGGUGAAAGGUUUCCAGGGUCGCCGGGGGACGCGCCUAAUGAGACGGUACCCGCCGGGCAGCUGCGUUGGAAUUCACGAGUUCCUCCUCACUGGUUGCAAGAGACUCACACGAUCAACGACCCGCUUGGUGGUUUCAAGCAAGUUCGGUUAUUCUACGGAGGUUUGGUGCCUCAGUCGAGAAGCUUGGAAGUCGAUGUCAGAGGAUCUGCGGCAGGUCCUCAGCGACUGGUGCCUGCGGCAAUUGGCCGAGGCCCUGGCAAGCGCAGUGACAGAGGUCGCCAGUGCCCUUCAGGACUUCGGCCAAGACUCGGAGGAAGCCGAGGGCAUGAGCCUGCGCUGCCUGAAGGGAGAGGAGCUUGAGGUGAUCCUGCGUCACUACAGCGGCUGGACCUUGUGCCGCAAACCGCCGGCAGACGCAGCUGGAGGCCCCGAGCUGACUCCCAAGGGACCAACGGAGGAGGGCUGGAUGCCGGACAACUGUCUAAGCGACCACCCUCGGAACAUGCCCACGAAGCAGCAGCAUCUGAUCCUCGCUGGGCUCCAGCGCCUCGCUGCGGAGCUCAGUCAGGUCGAAGCCUCGCUCUACCGGAUUCAAACCGAGGGCGCCGAGGAGGAGGAUUCCUUGCAAACACUCCAUGCCAAGGUCUGCGAGCUGGUGGAGGAGUAUCGAAACAUCGCUGCCGUCCUUCAGGCAAAUCCACAUCUGCUGGGCCAGGAGGAGAGCAAGGCGGCUGUGGAGGAGCCGAAGAAUGCGAACGGCCUGCCAGCCUGGGUGCGUGUUGAGGGUCGCUGCUACUACGUCUCCAAAUCGCAGAAGAAGCUCAUGAGCGUGACGAUCAAGCGUGUUUGCGACGUCCGUCAACAGAUUCUGGUGACUUUCGAUUCCGAUCGUAACGCCCGAAAGGUCGUGGAGUUCGCCGCGUUUGAGGACAUGGCCUCCUGUCCCUUGCAGCCCAAGGAGAAAUCCAAGCGAAGGAAGAGCCGCGCCAAGAAGCCUCAUGACGAAUUGGCAGAAGAUCUUCGGGAUGUUAUCCAGGAUCUGGGACCUCCUGGCGCAAUCUCAGCUGCGGCGUCGUCGGACUCCGAGUCGGACAGCUACUCGUCCAGCGACUACACUUCCUCCACGGCCUCAGGAUCCGAUCGGGGCGUUGCCACUGGGCCAGAGUUCCACGAGGGAAGUGGCUCGUCGACGUCGCCUUGCUUCGGACCAGAGCAGGCAGAGGCGCGAGAGGCAGCGGAGAAGGCCAAGGAAGCCGAGGACCGAUACAGCUCGGUAGGCUUGAGCUCUUGCGUGAUUCAAGUCUUCUGUGUAGCACGACUCACUUCCAGCGCCAGGGCCAAGCCCAAAACACUAAAAAGGGGCGAAUCGGGGUGCAGAGGGCCUGCCUUCGUGCGAUGGCUGGCCAGUUGGGGAUACCCUUCGGCCAUGGCAAAUCGACAUGGCCUCACCGUCCUGCGGGAAACGUUGGAGGCGCUAGCGAGGGCCGCUGCUCCGGCCGCUGCUCCCGGGGCCCUUUGUAUUGCACUGUGCCGUCAGGAGCUCAUGAACUUCCCUCAUCAAGUGGACAAGGGGAAGCAGGCUUAUCAAGCCAAAAUCAAUGAUGCAGCCGCCCUUGCGCUGCUUGGCUGCCUUUUUUCGGAGACGUCAGCUUUUCUCUUGGCCCUAGCCUUUAGGUGUGCAGCAGACUGCGUCCCUGGCUCAGCUCAACUCAUAGACGACAUGAUGUCUGGCUCGACACAAACCAGAUUGGAUGCCCGUGCGUUACUCUUCGUGGUGGACCUCGUCCUGAAGCGUGGGUUGCGUCAAAACCCGCCGCCGGACCGCAACGCUAAAGUUAUCGCGACAGUCAUAAAGCCACACCUGAGCAAGUGGCUCCGGGUUCUGCUUCUGACCAAGCGCUCGCCGGAGCAGCUUGAGAAAACCAGGAAAAUGAUCUCAAGGUGGUCGGACGAUGGCUACCUGUCGAUGGAUGGCGUUCUCCCCCUGAUCGCGCUGAUGGAUGGCGGUUUGCCUCCUGUUUCCGAAGAUUCCCAACAAUCCCAGCAGUCUCUGGACUUCUCGCAGUCACAGCCUUUGGCUUGGACCUCACCUGAGCGCAAGGAAGCUGCGGCCAGAGAGCCCUGCAUCAGGACGUCUGUGCCUGCGCCCGACACCAAGAAGCCUGCACCGGCGGUUUCGGCAGCGCCGCCUCCACCGGCGCAAAGUCGGGCCCCGCUGCCGGAGCCUGGGCCUCCCUCGAAGCGCGUGCGGCGCCUCUCCAGCUCGGAGCUCCCGGAGCUCCCGCCGGAGCUCCCGCCGAGCCACGAGGCGGAGGCGCCGCAAGCCCAAGAGCGCACCCCGACGCGGAGGCUGGUGCUGCCGAGCGCGCAGAAGGACAAGAAGGUCACGCCCGGCCGACGCUCCCUCACGGCUGCAGAGUUUAUCGGGUGUCCGACGACUACUGCCACUGCCGAAACGGUGAAGGAGGUGAAUGCGGCUCCUUUGGCGACCAACGGUGCCAAAAGCGAGCCUGCUGAGAAGCCACAGCAGCCUGGGGCCGAAGGCACUGGGAAAAGUGAGGUGCCGGCUCAGGAUCUGGCAACAGACCAGGAGCUCGUGCGUCGCAAGUCUUCCAUCUCCUGGCGAGUGCGGGGUGACUGUCGCUGCCUCUUCCGCGCCGUGAUGCGGGCUUACGGACUCGAUCCGCUCAACCGAAAGCAGCGAGAUCAUUUGGGCGAGCCCGUCGACGAGGCGGAACGUGUGCAGGAGCGCGAGUACGCCGACAAGCUGCGGAAACGUCUCUGCGAGAUGCUCCUGCUGCGCCAGGACGAGGUCCAGCCCCUGUUGGAGAACGUCACCUUCGAGGCCUACGUGCAGCGGAUGAGCGAGUGGCAAACUUGGGGUGACGAGAUCUGCCUGAAGUUCCUCCCGGAUGUGGUGAAGCGACCGCUGCAAGUGUACUCCUGUAACUGGGAGAAGCAGGAGCUCUUCGAUGCUGGGCUUUACAUCCCUUCGAAGAAGGAGUACCACGGCAAAGAGUGCAUCGUUCUCCUCCACAAUGGAAAGUCUCAUUUCGAUUUGGUGUCCACCGAGUGGCUUCUUGCUUAUGCUCGCGAAAGGGCGGCAGCAGCUAUCCAGGCUGCGUAUCGCCACUACCGUGAGACCACAGAGGUGGUCGCAAAGGCCUUGGUGUCGCACCUCCACAGCCCUCCGCCUGCACCGCCCUCGGCCGAACGCCUGCAAAGCGCAGCAACGCUGGUUCGCAGCAUCGUCCGGCGCUACCAAGCCAAGGAGCUGCUUGCAACUCUGGAGUUGGAGCAGCUAGAGAUGGAGCGGCAGCACCAGCUUCAGGUGGCCGCUGCGAAAACCAUCCAGUCCGUCGUUCGAUGCUUUCAACUCCAGCAGCAGCUACAGGACUUGGUGGCCAUGUGCCGGGGUUCGAUCGCUUGGCAGGGUGCCUGCAGGCGUUUCGCGGCACAGGCCACGCUUCUAAGCGCUUGGGACGAACAUCAGAAGCGCCGAAGUGCAGCCGCGGUGCGGCUCCAGGCAGCCCAGCGUUCCUUCCGGGCUCAGCGCGAGCUCGCUCGGCGGAAGGCAAUGCGGGAUGGCUUGCUACUCCUGGGGCCAAAGGAGCACCAGUGCGUACGCCUCUUCCAACGCUGUGGUCGCCGAUACCUGGCUUGCCUGGUAGUGUUGGAGGCGGAGCGACACCGCUGGCGGUGCGCUCGCCGCAUCCAGGCACUGUGGCGAGGGCACCGAUGCCGAGAAGGGCUGAAAGAGACCUUGGACGCUUGGCGCAAGAGCCGGAAUCUCAUAGACUUUAGUUUGUCUCUCAGGGGCAGGGCACAAAGGAUCAUGCUGUCGUGCCAUGUGGCACCCACGCUGUCCUGCCUCAGCGAUGAUGAGAGGCAGCUAAUUCUGAGUUUCGUGCUCGGGGAUCUGAUCUGCUAUCCACGAGUGGCCGCCAUCGACAGUAGAUUCUUCCUGGCCUGCACUUCCUUGGGCUCCUGGCGAGAAUCUGUGAUCGAGAUUCCCCGCAAAUGGGCUCUCAAACAGGAGUGCCUGGAUCAGUUGCUUAAGCUCUCGAGCAGCUGGCAGCUGGCGCAGAAGGUGGUGCUCCCUCCGUUCCCUCAACGGCAUCGCUUGCAGGAUCAGCUGGCGAAAGACUGCCCUAGCCUGGUCUUGGCACCCUCUGGAGAUGGACCCUACAUGCUCUUCGUCAUGGGCUGCAACUUAGUCAUCGGUGCCAGGAUGUCCCUCCACUUCUUCGAACCCAGAUACCGCUGGAUGUGCCGAAGACUCUUCGCUGGGGAGCCCCCCUAUAUGUUCGGAUUUGUGACCCAUGGCAGAGCCAAAGAAGGUUCGCGCGGCGUGCUUUGUCAAGUCACAGACUGGAGCAACAACAGCAACGGCACCUACGACGUGCAGAUCCGGGCCGAGGCCACCUUCACCUUGACGGAGGUCUGGCACCAGGAUCUUCCGCACAGCUCCCCCCUUGCGCUGGGCUUCGUUGACAUCACUUCAGGUGGAGCUCCUCAGCGAGGCGGAAGCAGCCCACGGGUGCUGUCGUCCAGGAACUCUGGACGACGGUGCUUCCCGUUGCCUUCCCUCCGGAGAUGGCUAUCUGGCUUGUGGACUUGCUGCCCACGCCGAAUAUAA